CGCAUUCGCGUAUCAGCGCUAUGUUUGUACCUACCCGCUUUCCGUCACAAGCUUUUACGUGGCACUAGCAGUAAAGCCCGUCGUUCAACUUAAACCAGCCUUGACGAAAAUCGUCGCCUCCGCAGUUCGCUCUUCAUGGUGGUGGUGACGCCGGCGCUUGGAGGAUGUUUACAUGCUCGGAGAUUGUCCUUCUCCUCGCCGUCAUGGUGGCCACGGCGUCCGGCUACUUCGUUAGCAUAGACGCGCACGCCGAGGAGUGCUUCUUCGAGCGCGUGAACUCGGGCACCAAGAUGGGCCUCAUGUUCGAGGUGGCCGAGGGAGGCUUCCUGGACAUCGACGUGGAGAUAACAGGGCCAGAUGGAAAGCAAAUUUAUAAAGGAGACCGUGAGUCCAGUGGCAAGUACUCUGUUGCCGCCCAUAUGGAUGGAACCUAUAAGUUUUGCUUCAGCAACAAGAUGUCCACCAUGACCCCCAAAAUCGUGAUGUUUACCAUCGACAUCGGCGAAGCUCCUAAGGAUCAAGACAUGGAGACGGAAGGCGGUGGUGACAGCUGGGAUGCUCACCAGAACAAGCUGGAAGAGAUGAUCAAUGAAUUGGCGGUAGCAAUGACAGCUGUGAAGCACGAGCAGGAGUACAUGGAGGUCCGGGAAAGAAUACACAGAGCGAUCAAUGACAACACUAACAGCAGGGUGGUGCUCUGGUCUUUCUUCGAAGCAUUGGUGCUUGUUGCCAUGACCCUGGGACAGAUUUACUACCUGAAGAGAUUUUUCGAAGUACGGAGAGUCGUGUAAAAUAUGCUUCCUUUUGCUCCUCCUUCAAGCCAGCCAUUUACUACUUUAAAGAUUGGAUAUCCAGCCUCAUCACACUACAGAAGAGCCCUCAUUUCCACUCAUGCAUUUUCUACCUUUGUCUUUAUACUUCUCUAGAUGUUUCCAUAUAUUUGGUUUGGGAAGCGAUGGCCUUUCAGACAGAUCUUUUGGGUUCACUUUUAAUUUCUUUUAAGCCCUGAUUCUUUCUAUGUAAACAUUUUAUAACUUUGUGUUUAUCUGACAGAAUCAACACGAUUAAAAUAUUAGUUGCGUAGUAAAGAUAUUGUAUUGGCUGUUAUUCUGAGAAUGUAAAGAGGGUUUACAUCAUGUAAGAUGUAAAUUUCAUAUGAUUUUGAAGGUGAAAAAUAGUUCAGUCACUGAUUUGAAAUGAAAAAUGAAGUGUGCAUUGAACGGUCUGGCUGUUGACUAUCAAUGCAAUGUCUGUGGUCACUGUUUCUUUUGCUUUUUCCUUUUUGAGUGCAAUCCCCAAACUUUCAUGGCACAUAACUAAAGCAUUUUCAGCAAGCCUCCAUUUAUGUAUUAAAACAGCUUCAGUAUAUUUUCAGACAUGUAGCUGGGAUAUCCAUUUUGUCAGUUUGUUCAUUUUUGUUAAAUAGAACUGGGGAGUAAUUUAUGUACUUUUGUACUAUUUUAUGUCUGUAUGGACAUGACUUCUUGCGUGUAUGUGCUAUACAGAGAGAAAUCUGGCAAAGACUACUGCACAGUUGAUGGUAAAAACUGUAGAAAAUGUAAAGUAGAAUGCUCAUAUGUCAAAUAUGAACCUGGUUUAAUAAAACACAUUCUUUAAAACGUU